AGUUGGUCCUUGUUGACGUGGAAUCGGUUUCGAGAUCUCUUCUCAGUUCGGCAAACAUGGAGCUUCCGUCGCCAUCAUGGGACGCAGGAAACAAGUCCUCGACGCCGCCGUCUCUGAUCUCCGAUCCCUCGGGAUUCAGGUAAUCUUUCAGAGAGGAUUUUUGUUUUUGAUUUGGGAUUGAAUAGUAUUCGAUUGCUUGUUGAAUUGCUUGUUCUCUUUGGAAUGUAUCUCCAAGGCUAUUGGAUUGGAAGGUGACGUUCAAUUGGGCUUUGCGUGUCUAUUCAGUACAUAGGAUCAGUGGAGUAAACAAAGUUCAACUACGAUUAUAAGCACCUCUUCACCCUUUUCCUAUCUUCACUUUCUCUCUUCUCUCUCUCUCCAUCAAAAGAAAACAGAGUUUCACAAUCACAAUGUGCGACUCAGAUUAUCUCUCCCGCUGUUCCUCAUACGAGGCAGACGUUGAUUCAGACUCCGACGUCUCGAGCACCACCUGUUCCAACUGAGCGAUGAGAUGAUGCAAAGCCUUUUGCUCCUAUGGUGGUCACUGGGACUUUAGAUGAUGAUGGUUUGGGCCCUGUUUCUUGGUGGGAAGGUUCUACUUCUAAUGAGAAUCAUGAAGAUGAUGACCCAUCAGGUUCUUAAACGUACGCUUGAGGACUCAUCAGGUUCUUAAACAUAUUGCUAGGAGUCCGGUUGCUGAUAUGCGUUUUCAUGACUCUACGAGUCUUGUAACUAACGGGUACUGGGCACCAGAGUAUGUUAACAACGGGGAUGAGCUGACACUGAAAUAUGAUAUUUAUAGCUUUGGAGUUGUGAUGUUGGAGCUUAUCACUGGAUGCAAACCUAUUGAGGACUCAUCAUUGGGUCCACAACGUACGCUUGAGCACUCAUCAGGUUCUUAAACUAGUAUGUUUUUCUUAAUAUAGGAAGUUGAAAUUAGACUCCUUUCCCAUGAUUCUAGAAUUAGAUUCCUUAAUUUUGAUGUUAUCUGUGUAUGAAGAGAAAGACAAAAAAAAUAUUGAAUAUGGAAAAAUAUUUUUCUUAUAUAUAUGUGCAACUCUUUUGUCCUGCUCUCAUGGACUUGAGGAACACUACCCUCAGAACUAUGCGAGUGUCCUUAGCCAACCAAGUAUACCAAGAAGACCAGCAUCAAGUACCUUCGAUUUUCUCUCAAGCCCUACGAAUCAAAAGGUGAAAAAGUGUUAGCUUCUUACGCUCAUAGCAAUCAACAAGUCUUUAUUACACUUGUCUCACCAAUGUCAGCAGCUACACAAUGAGCACACAUCACUCAUGAGACAAGUUUCAGAAAAUUCAAGAGUUGUGUUUUAUUCAUAAGAACUCUAAAUUGAAGAACACCAUUGGAGAUAGAAUUUUGAUUAGGGUCCUUAACUAUUCAAAAAAAAAAAAAAUUAGUUAAAUAAUGCUAAGGACUCCAAUGGUGGUAACACCAUUGGAGAUGCUCUUAUAUCUUUUUACUAUGAUAUCUUAAGCACUAGUUCCUGUUUUAACACUAAACAUUUAUCAAAAGGUUCGCCGUUCAUUUAACCUUUAAUAAAACGACUACCUACCAAGUAUAGAAAAUAGCUCGAAUCAUUUUACCUACCUAAUACGGUCUGUAAGAGAUGAUUACUGUAUAUAUAAUAUAAUAGAAGCUUAGCAAAUAAUUGGUAUAUCGUUUAGAAUUUAGUUAUCAGCGGAUAAUUUGAUUUCUCUGGGGGGUCUGGAGAUAAUUGUAGUGAUCAUGUGUUCAAAUUAUUUGGUUUUGUUACCGAAUAAGUGCAUCUUUUUUAAUAUUGCAAAUUCUUAGUCUAUUUUAAGAAAUAAUUAUAAUAUUACGAUCAUGUUGGAUAUUGUCUGCAAGUACAGUUAUCAAGUUUCAACUAAUUAUUUUGGUGAUGUUGUAGAGGGAAGAGGAUUUCAAACGUAUUACUUCAUUUUUUUUUUCAAAAUGAAGUAAAAAUGAAUAUGAAGUAAAAAUAGUCUAAUCUAACUCAAUUUUUUAUUUUACAAUGAAGCGAUGAAUAAACAAAAAGUAGAUUAUUUUAUUUAUGGAGUAAAUUCUAUUAUAGAAUGAAAUAUGAAGUUGAGUUGAAACAUUGUUUACUCUAUUUUAGAAAAAAAAAUGAAGUGGGUUGGAGACGUGCGUAACACACACUACGUAGCUUUUGGCUUUUGCAGACACUAAUUCAUUGCCUAGUUACGUUGCAUAUACUAGUAAUAAUUAUUUCGAUUUUCUUCUUGUAACAUAGUUUUUUGCUCACUUUAGAAAUUAAGAGAUUGAUUGGUAGUGUUUGUGGGUCAUAGUAGUUAUUGGUGUUUGAUAACAAUUAUAAAAAAUUACAGUUUUGUGCUGCUUCAAACUUUUCAAAAUCAAAAUUGUUUUCUGAAUAUUUACAAUUACAUGUUUAUACAAAUUCUCGCAUUCACAACCACAUCUGCCUUUAAAUUAGUCAAAUCUUAAAAGUAUAUUCAUCCAUCUAUUUUGAUCUAACUUCAACCUGUUUAAAUAAGAAAGCUAGAGUGCUGAUCAACAAAUAUAGUUUCUGAAAAGACAAUCAAUUACAGAAAAAGACUCAAAGUGGUCAACGGAACUAGGGCGAAUUAGUUUUAUGUAUUUUUCUAUUAUUAAUAAUCAAAAUUAAAAAUUUUAUUAAAAGCGAUAUUAGAUAAAACAAAGAUAAAAGCUUAAAUGUACUAUAUGCAUGUACUUAUAUCGUGCAUGUGACUUGCAUUUUCAUCGACAAGUUAACCUAAUAUUUUUUUUUUUCAGAAAGUAAAUUCAUGUACUAUUAGUCUUUUUUUGUCAACAUGUACUAUUAGUCUAUUAACGGAAAUGUAGUUCAUGUAGCGAAUAAAUUAUAUUAAUGUAAUAUUCUUAUAUUUGAAUUUUUGAUAUUCAAAUAAGGACAUUUUUACACCAAAAAAUAAGGACAUUUUAGCUAAUACAAAAAAAAAUCUUAACCGGGGGAUAGGCACUCAGAUAAAAUGAAUGAUCCCCAACCAAACAAUAAAUAUGGAGCCAAUAAUUAAAUACCAUUAAAAAAGACAACAAAUCUUGAAACAAAGCAAAUAAAGCCUCUCUUCAGAAAAAGACCCACCCAUCCUUUCGUGCAGCCUCUCCUUUUUUUAAGCUUUCCAAAAGCCUUAAAUAUUCCUUCCCUGUCUCACACAUUAAGCCACAUUCUAAAUCCAACUCCAAAAAGAAAAGAGAAAACCUAUACUCUUCUGUAGUCUUAUUUUCUCAACAAUCAAACAAAAUACAAGAAAAUGGGGAAGAAAAUGAAGCUCCCAUUUCUGAACAAGAUCAUUUCAUAUUCAUCACCUUCUUCCUCUUCAUGGCCAUCACCGUCUUGUCAUCAACAAAACCCUAAGAAAAUAUUUUUCAGAGCUUUCUUCACCGUUAACAAACCUAAAAAUGUCAACAAACCCGAGCCACCUUCACGCAGCUUCUCCUCCUCCUCUACCACCACCAACAUCAUGGAAAAGCCACGGGAGAUAGAGUGUAUAGAGAAUGUGAUUAGGGGACUAAAAUCAUCAAAAAGACUUAUCUUCGAACGUAGAGGAAGAUCAAACUCCAUACUCGAAGAAGUUACUAAGGAAGAAGAUUCUAUAGAAGGCUUCAUGCUCUUGUCCUUAGAAUCAAACGACCCUUACUUGGAUUUUAAGAAAUCCAUGGAAAAGAUGGUUGAACUACACGCUCUUCAUCAUGAUUGGAGAAGGCUCGAGAAGCUUCUUUUCUUGUUAUUGAAAGUCAACGUUAAGACAAGCCACGAAUACAUCUGCGCCGCGUUUGUCGACUUGCUCUUAAACUUAGCAGUAGAAACUUCUAAAGACAUCGCCCAAGAACCUCGUCCUGUCCUCGUCGAGGAAUCUCCAUCGUCGCCAUUAUCAUUCUACACGUCGUACUCGUCCUCAGAUGAUACCUCGUCGACGUUUGUCCGGGCCUUACCGGAGAAUUUGAUAGAUGAGAAGAGAAGGGACGUUGUUUGUUGUUUAUCGUCGUUGUUUGAGAUGGAGGAGAAGAUUAUAGACAAUAUUUAUUAGAGUGGUUAUGUUUCUUCUUAAAUGUUGUUUACAUAAUUACAUACAUAAAUCAUAUGUCAUGUUUUAAAUUUAUAAUACUAGACACAACUCUAGUGAAGCAGUGGUAUAAAACGGAAAUUGAAGUCGAACCAGUUCAUUUUCGCGAGAUCAGUAUAACCAAUGUGAUUUCUUUUUGUUUG